GAGAUAGUUUAUGGUAAUAUAUGUACAGAGAUAUAGAGAAAGAGAGAAACUAAAUUACUGUCAGUUGUAAGUUUACAAGAUAUAUACCUGUUUUUCCAGAGUCUUGGACACCCACAGGGAAAUUUAUCUAACAGAGAAAUCUUGAAAAUGGCACAGAGUAUUGGACAAUAUUUCAAAGACUAUCUGAAUGAGUGGCGGAUUCAGCAUAACCGCCUGGUCACUAAAGAAGGCCAUUGCAACAUUGAGUAUUCCAACAUAAGGUACAAAUACUGGAUCAGUUACCUACUAGACAUUUGGACCACUUUAGUUGAGAUCCACUGGACAUUGCUUAUGUUUUUCUUUGUGGCUUCAUUCAUUCUUAGCUGGUUUGUAUUUGGCGUUUUAUGGUACUGGGUUGGUGGUACCAAUGGUGACUUAUGGUGGCAAAACCCAUCAAAUAACACCACUGUAUGUGUUAUUGGUGUCUAUGACCUCACCACUGCCUUCCUGUACUCAGUGGAGACACAGUCUUUUAUUGCCUAUGGCACACGAGUCAUUACUACGUUCUGCCCAGGUGCCAUUGCUAUUUACGUUUUCCAGGUUAUUCUUGCUACUAUCAUAACCUGCUUUUGGGGUGGAGUGUUAAUGGCCAAAGUGUCGCUGCCCAAGAGAAGAGCCAAAACAAUCAUGUUUAGUAAGAUGGCUGUCAUCUGCUCGAGACAAGAUACUCUGUGUCUAAAGAUACGAGUGGCCAACCUGCGCAAAUCGUUGAUGAUUGGAACCCAAAUAUACGGCAAGUUUAUUAAGACAACAACCACAACUGAAGGAGAAACCAUCAUCAUGGAUCAGGUCAACAUCGAUUUCAGUGUAGAAACUGGGAAAGACAACCUCUUUUUCAUCUCUCCAUUGACUCUCUACCAUGUAAUAGACCAAAAGAGUCCAUUCUUUGAUAUAACAGUGGAGAACCUUCAGAAUCAGGACUUUGAGCUUGUAGUGUUUAUGGACAGUGUUGCUGAAUACACCAGUUUCUCUUGCCAAGUGAGGACUUCCUACAUGCCUAUGGAGAUCAAGUGGGGCUACCAAUUCCUCCCUAUUAUCUCACGCAGCAAACCAGGAAAGUAUCGUGUAGACUUCUCGAACUUUGCUAAAAUUAUGCCAAUGGAAACACCACACUGUGGUUACUGCUUUCACAAUGAGAAAGCGCAUCAUCAAAACUCCAGAGAUGGCACUGACAAUCAGGGCUUUGAGUGUGAUUAAGAUUAAGAUUAAACCUAAAAUUACUGACAUGAUUAAAAAUGUUAUAAAUGAAAACAGAGGUCUGUUAAAUGU